CAGAGCUACUGUAACCAAACGUAAACAUGUUUGUUUUCUAAAUUACAAGUUAAGUAACAAUUUAUAGUUGAUACAAAUUCUAGUAAAUCAAUUAACUAUCUCAUUAGUUUUAUUAACUUCCUUUUUAUUUCUGGUACAUAUUAUGAUGGAGAUUACAGAUAAAAAUCAAAAUAAAAUUUCGGAAGACGCUUCACAAGGCAAUAUUCCAAAUCCAGAUAUAUUCCAAAAUAACGGCAACAGAGACACAACCUAUGCUAAGACCAUGUUAAAGGAAUUGCUGAGAUUUGACGUUCAUCAUCGAACUGAAAAGGACUUACGGGAACAUGUCUCUCGACUUCACUGUUUGGUUAGAAAGGUGGUUCUAUUGCUGCUGGAGAAAAGUUCUCUUUGCAAAAACUUGGAAGAACAAAGAAAAGUACUUACCCUGCAGUGCACCUCGCUGAAGAAUCUAGUAGCUGUCACGAAGGACCUGUUGGCUUUGAGAAACACUGAAGUCGAGCAGCUCCAUAAAAAUAAGAAAAUUACGGAGGAAAGAAUCUGUUUGGAAAACAUUAAGCAACAAAACAUUCUUAAUACAGUCUGAGUCUACAAGGUAGGUACGAUAACUAGGAUGUAA